UUGAGACAGUCAGUCUAGAGUAAGUCUCAACUACGAUGGAUGCAGUACCCUAUUCUCUCGUGUUAAUAGUCCUGUUCUUUGGGACUAUGAUUCAAGAAAAUGAUGCCUUGCAGUGCUAUUGCCAGCGCUGUCUCAACUCAACGUGCACCACGGACGGUCUGUGCUUCGUGACGGUCAUGAAGUCUGGCAGCCGGCUCACCACCGAGCGCAGCAUGUGUGUGCACGAGAGCGAACUGAUCCCCCGUGACCGCCCCUUCAUCUGCGCGCCCUCCACCAAGGACGACACAGGCAUCUACCCAAUGUGCUGCGCCUCCGACUGGUGCAACAAGAACCCCAACCUCAGCGUCUUCCCAGUGCCGACGGUGAAGCCGGUUCCUCUGGGGCCUGUGGUUCUGGCGGCAGUGAUCGCGGGGCCCGUGUGCGUGCUGUGCUUCGUGCUGGUGCUGGUCUUCUACGUUUGCCACAGCCGGGUGGGUGUGCAUCAACGCGUGCCCAACGAGGAGGAUCCCUCCAUGGAUCACCCUUUCCUCACCGUGGGUUCCACUCUCAAAGACCUCAUCUACGACAUGACCACCUCUGGCUCCGGCUCUGGUCUUCCCCUACUGGUACAGAGGACCAUAGCCCGGACCAUCAUCCUCCAGGAGAGCAUCGGGAAGGGCCGCUUCGGCGAGGUGUGGCGAGGCAAGUGGCGAGGCGAGGAGGUGGCGGUCAAGAUUUUCUCCUCCCGUGAGGAACGUUCGUGGUUCCGUGAGGCCGAGAUCUACCAGACGGUCAUGCUGCGUCACGAAAACAUCCUGGGCUUUAUCGCCGCCGACAACAAAGAUAACGGGACAUGGACCCAGCUGUGGCUGGUGUCAGACUACCACGAGCACGGCUCUCUGUUUGACUACCUGAACCGCUACACAGUCACCGUGGAGGGCAUGAUCAAACUGUCACUGUCCACCGCCAGCGGUCUGGCCCACCUCCACAUGGAGAUCGUUGGCACGCAAGGGAAGCCGGCCAUCGCCCACAGGGAUCUGAAAUCUAAGAACAUCCUGGUGAAGAAGAACGGGACUUGCUGCAUUGCCGACCUGGGCUUGGCCGUGCGCCACGACUCCGCCACCGACACCAUCGACAUCGCCCCCAACCACAGAGUAGGGACCAAAAGGUAUAUGGCACCAGAGGUGUUAGACGACUCGAUAAACAUGAAGCAUUUUGAGUCGUUUAAGAGGGCAGAUAUCUACGCCAUGGGCUUGGUGUUCUGGGAGAUAGCCAGUCGAUGCUCUCUGGCAGGCAUCGUUGAAGACUACCAGCUGCCAUACCAUGACCUGGUGCAGUCAGACCCUUCUGUGGAGGAGAUGAGGCGGGUGGUGUGUGAUCAGAAGCUACGACCCAACAUUCCAAACAGGUGGCAGAGCUGUGAGGCUCUGCGGGUGAUGGCUAAGAUCAUGAGGGAGUGCUGGUACGCCAACGGAGCCGCCCGCCUCACAGCGCUGCGCAUCAAGAAGACCCUGUCCCAGCUCAGCCAAUCAGAGGGCAUCAAGAUGUAGACAUUUCCUUUAGUCUUGUUAUAUUAUUCUGAAUAUUAUUAUUUUCAUCGUCAUCAUUGGUUCUCUUCGGGCUGCUCCUCCUCUUGGUUUGAAAGGGGAGGCGAUGCAGCGUGGUGAAGUUUUACUCUGAUACCCCCAAACCCCUCUCUAAAAGCGGUCAUCCUUAUAUUUGUCGCCGUGCCGACCGCCGCGAUUUUAUGUCUCUCAGAGGUGGAUGGAUCUGAUGGAGGGAUGUUGUCAGAGUGUGAUUUUUUUGGGGGAGAAGUGGUAUGGCUGGGUGCUAAAGCUGUCCCCACUACACACCACCACCAACCUGUGUCAGUUCAGACACCAACCCCCUGUACUCACGAUUGGUGGGAUCUCACCCAGUGCUCGUGAAGGACCUAUAACAGUGAUUACAGACAGCCGUAGUCCCGCCCUGCCACAGAUCCAUCUGCAAACCGGAGGAAAGGAUGGAAAAGAAACCCCCAGAUUUCAUGACUGCUGGUCGUAACAUUCAGGUGUCAAUGCCUCCAUUCAAACAACAAGUGUUACAUUCUGUCACUGGCUGUGGUGGCUCGGACUCAACGAGAGAAAAAGACUGAAGCAACAAACUUUAGUUUUAUUUAGGACCAUCUGGUACUUGUUAACAAUCGUUUUAUUGUAGUUAUUUGUGUGUGUUUCCAUGGAGAGGUGCUGUGGACUCGUGUCCAGAGCAUGUCGCACCGUGUGUUUCUCCCUCUUUUCUCCAUGUAUCACUGUACCGAGGGACUACAGGUCUGUUUAACUUAUUUGCUUAGAUUGUUUGCAAAAAAAAACCAACUGGACAUGACCUCAUUCAGUCUCCAACCAACUGGACAUGACCUCAUUCAGUCUCCAACCAACUGGACAUGACCUCAUUCAGUCUCCAACCAACUGGACAUGACCUCAUUCAGUCUCCAACCAACUGGACAUGACCUCACUCAGUCUCCAACCAACUGGACAUGACCUCAUUCAGUCUCCAACCAACUGGACAUGACCUCACUCAGUCUCCAACCAGCUGGACAUGACCUCAUUCAGUCUCCAACCAACUGGACAUGACCUCAUUCAGUCUCCAACCAACUGGACAUGACCUCAUUCAGUCUCCAACCAACUGGACAUGACCUCAUUCAGUCUCCAACCAACUGGACAUGACCUCAUUCAGUCUCCAACCAACUGGACAUGACCUCAUUCAGUCUCCAACCAACUGGACAUGACCUCAUUCAGUCUCCAACCAACUGGACGUGACCUCAUUCAGUCUCCAACCAACUGGACGUGACCUCAUUCAGUCUCCAACCAGCUGUACGUGACCUCAUUCAGUCUCCAACCAGCUGGACAUGACCUCAUUCAGUCUCCAACCAGCUGGACAUGACCUCAUUCAGUCUCCAACCAACUGGACAUGACCUCAUUCAGUCUCCAACCAACUGGACAUGACCUCAUUCAGUCUCCAACCAACUGGACAUGACCUCACUCAGUCUCCAACCAGCUGGACAUGACCUCAUUCAGUCUCCAACCAGCUGGACAUGACCUCAUUCAGUCUCCAACCAACUGGACAUGACCUCAUUCAGUCUCCAACCAACUGGACAUGACCUCAUUCAGUCUCCAACCAACUGGACAUGACCUCAUUCAGUCUCCAACCAACUGGACAUGACCUCAUUCAGUCUCCAACCAGCUGGACAUGACCUCAUUCAGUCUCCAACCAGCUGGACAUGACCUCAUUCAGUCUCCAACCAACUGGACAUGACCUCAUUCAGUCUCCAACCAACUGGACAUGACCUCAUUCAGUCUCCAACCAACUGGACAUGACCUCAUUCAGUCUCCAACCAACUAGACAUGACCUCAUUCAGUCUCCAACCAACUGGACAUGACCUCAUUCAGUCUUGGCGAACAUGCUAUGACAUAUGCAAUAUAGAUAGUGUAUCUAUUUUAUAUACUCUGUUUUGCUGCUACUACAACGUCAACUACAACAGCUCGACAGUCGCCACCAUGCCUUCCAAGCCAGGUGUUAACUGGUGCCACUGCUUUAAACCUACCCCUUAAACCCUCAUGUUGGGUUGUGUCUGUGUGAGAUUGUAUGGAGUAUUGACAGAGGCCCUCAGCUGGAGGAGCAGCAUGGAGUAAACCCUCUCAGAGAGCUGGAGGAGCAGCAUGGAGUAAACCCUCUCAGAGAGCUGGAGGAGCAGCAUGGAGUAAACCCUCUCAGAGAGCUGGAGGAGCAGCAUGGAGUAAACCCUCUCAGAGCUGGAGGAGCAGCAUGGAGUAAACCCUCUCAGAGAGCUGGAGGAGCAGCAUGGAGUAAACCCUCUCAGAGCUGGAGGAGCAGCAUGGAGUAAACCCUCUCAGAGAGCUGGAGGAGCAGCAUGGAGUAAACCCUCUCAGAGAGCUGGAGGAGCAGCAUGGAGUAAACCCUCUCAGAGCUGGAGGAGCAGCAUGGAGUAAACCCUCUCAGAGCUGGAGGAGCAGCAUGGAGUAAACCCUCUCAGAGAGCUGGAGGAGCAGCAUGGAGUAAACCCUCUCAGAGAGCUGGAGGAGCAGCAUGGAGUAAACCCUCUCAGAGCUGGAGGAGCAGCAUGGAGUAAACCCUCUUAUGCAAAUGGUAGGACGUGACCUCGCCAUGCUGCCUAGGGCAGCCACAACACCAACUUGUUGGUGCCAUCUACUCAAGGGGUCUCUCUCCCUUCCCAUCUUCUCUCGGUCUCUUUCUCUCUACUCUGUAUAGCAAAGCUCUGACUCACUGAACACCAGACUGAUAGGGGUGCUAGUACUACCCACUGGACUACACUAAGUCCUCCUCCAAGGUGGCUUUAAGGAAGAAGGAAACAACUACUCAUUACUGGAGUUGUUCUAUAAUAAUGCAUUGUUGGAUUUCACUUUGUUUUCGACUUUGUGUUCUUUCAAAGUGUGUGACGGCACACGUCUCUUCAAAGACUGAACAAGGUGAGGUACAUUCAUUUAAAUAUAGAAAAUGGAUUUUUACUAAGCCAUAGGUUUCCAAUGGGUUUUUUUGUGUUUUUUUUGUGGCAACUUUUUCUACUACUUAUAAGAAUGUACGUUUUACGGAGGAUAAACGACAUAGUAUCACUGUGUGAACUGCUUGACAUUUCAGCUUAGCAAGCCGUAAGGGACCAAUGGAGAGAGUCAGAAUCCUGUUAUGUAAAAAGUAAGAUUUAUAAAUAAUUAUACUAUUAUAAAGUAGGGUCAAUGUUCUAUAUAAAGGAAUUACAAGUCAAUGUAGCAGCAGAUUUAAUACGUAAUGUUUUGGUUUGUAUUUGUGUUUGUGAGAUAUCCUAUUGCCACACGCCUAAACCUGCAAGCUGCCUAUUUAUACCAAUUUGGAUUGUGUUCGUUUUGGUAUGUCCACAGUCUUGAUGUCAUUCGAGUUUCUUGCUCUAUUUCAGCAUGUUUUUUUAAAUACGGUACCGCAAACCAUCACAAUAGAAAGACAAUGGAGCCCCAAAAGAUAUCUGAUUGUUUGUCUACAAGUGUACUUCUUCUGACCUACGUGCAGGUUUACCUGUGUGGCCAUCAGGUUGUUUUGAGUUUCUUAUUUUUAAUGUAUUCUUCUUUUGGAUGCCUCUUGAACAGUCUGCUGUUUGGAUGCAUUCUAUGUAUCUAUCUGUGUUACUGCAAAACGUCUGACUCUGUUCUGAAACCAGGGGAGGUCAGAGGCACUCUGUUUUGUUCUGAAACCAGGGGAGGCCAGAGACACUCUGUUCUGUUCUGAAACCAGGGGAGGCCAGAGACACUCUGUUCUGUUCUGUAACCAGGGGAGGUCAGAGACACUCUGUUCUGUUCUGUAACCAGGGGAGGUCAGAGACACUCUGUUUUGUUCUGAAACCAGGGGAGGUCAGAGACACUCUGUUUUGUUCUGAAACCAGGGGAGGUCAGAGACACUCUGUUCUGUUCUGUAACCAGGGGAGGUCAGAGACACUGUUCUGUAACCAGGGGAGGUCAGAGACACUCUGUUCUGUAACCAGGGGAGGUCAGAGACACUCUGUUCUGUUCUGAAACCAGGGGAGGCCAGAGACACUCUGUUCUGUUCUGAAACCAGGGGAGGCCAGAGACACUCUGUUCUGUUUUGAAACCAGGGGAGGUCAGAGACACUCUGUUCUGUUCUGAAACCAGGGGAGGUCAGAGACACUCUGUUCUGUUCUGAAACCAGGGGAGGCCAGAGACACUCUGUUCUGUUCUGAAACCAGGGGAGGCCAGAGACACUCUGUUCUGUUUUGAAACCAGGGGAGGUCAGAGACACUCUGUUCUGUUCUGUAACCAGGGGAGGUCAGAGACACUCUGUUCUGUUCUGUAACCAGGGGAGGUCAGAGACACUCUGUUCUGUAACCAGGGGAGGUCAGAGACACUCUGUUCUGUAACCAGGGGAGGUCAGAGACACUCUGUUCUGUAACCAGGGGAGGUCAGAGACACUCUGUUCUGUAACCAGGGGAGGUCAGAGACACUCUGUUCUGUAACCAGGGGAGGUCAGAGACACUCUGUUCUGUAACCAGGGGAGGUCAGAGACACUCUGUUCUGUAACCAGGGGAGGUCAGAGACACUCUGUUCUGAAACCAGGGGAGGUCAGAGACACUCUGUUCUGAAACCAGGGGAGGUCAGAGACACUCUGUUCUGUUCUGAAACCAGGGGAGGUCAGAGACACUCUGUUCUGUUCUGAAACCAGGGGAGGUCAGAGACACUCUGUUCUGUUCUGUAACCAGGGGAGGUCAGAGACACUCUGUUCUGUUCUGUAACCAGGGGAGGUCAGAGACACUGUUCUGUAACCAGGGGAGGUCAGAGACACUGUUCUGUAACCAGGGGAGGUCAAAGACACUCUGUUCUGUAACCAGGGGAGGUCAGAGACACUCUGUUCUGUUCUGAAACCAGGGGAGGCCAGAGACACUCUGUUCUGUUCUGUAACCAGGGGAGGUCAGAGACACUCUGUUCUGUUCUGUAACCAGGGGAGGUCAGAGACACUCUGUUCUGUUCUGUAACCAGGGGAGGUCAGAGACACUGUUCUGUAACCAGGGGAGGUCAGAGACACUCUGUUCUGUAACCAGGGGAGGUCAGAGACACUCUGUUCUGUUCUGAAACCAGGGGAGGCCAGAGACACUCUGUUCUGUUCUGAAACCAGGGGAGGCCAGAGACACUCUGUUCUGUUUUGAAACCAGGGGAGGUCAGAGACACUCUGUUCUGUUCUGAAACCAGGGGAGGUCAGAGACACUCUGUUCUGUUCUGAAACCAGGGGAGGUCAGAGACACUGUUCUGUUCUGAAACCAGGGGAGGUCAGAGACACUCUGUUCUGUUCUGAAACCAGGGGAGGUCAGAGACACUCUGUUCUGUUCUGAAACCAGGGGAGGUCAGAGACACUCUGUUCUGUUCUGAAACCAGGGGAGGUCAGAGACACUCUGUUCUGUUCUGAAACCAGGGGAGGUCAGAGACACUCUGUUCUGUUCUGAAACCAGGGGAGGUCAGAGACACUGUUCUGUUCUGUUCUGAAACCAGGGGAGGCCAGAGACACUCUCUUCUGUUCUGUAACCAGGGGAGGCCAGAGACACUCUCUUCUGUUCUGUAACCAGGGGAGGUCAGAGACACUCUGUUCUGUUCUGUAACCAGGGGAGGUCAGAGACACUUCUGUAACCAGGGGAGGUCAGAGACACUCUGUUCUGUAACCAGGGGAGGUCAGAGACACUCUGUUCUGUUCUGAAACCAGGGGAGGCCAGAGACACUCUGUUCUGUUCUGUAACCAGGGGAGGUCAGAGACACUCUGUUCUGUUCUGUAACCAGGGGAGGUCAGAGACACUCUGUUCUGUAACAAGGGGAGGUCAGAGACACUCUGUUCUGAAACCAGGGGAGGCCAGAGACACUCUGUUCUGUUCUGAAACCAGGGGAGGCCAGAGACACUCUGUUCUGUUCUGAAACCAGGGGAGGCCAGAGACACUCUGUUCUGUUCUGAAACCAGGGGAGGCCAGAGACACUCUCUUCUGUUCUGAAACCAGGGGAGGUCAGAGACACUCUGUUCUGUUCUGUAACCAGGGGAGGUCAGAGACACUUCUGUAACCAGGGGAGGUCAGAGACACUCUGUUCUGAAACCAGGGGAGGCCAGAGACACUCUCUUCUGUUCUGAAACCAGGGGAGGUCAGAGACACUCUGUUCUGUUCUGAAACCAGGGGAGGUCAGAGACACUGUUCUGUUCUGAAACCAGGGGAGGUCAGAGACUCUCUGUUCUGUUCUGAAACCAGGGUAGGCCAGAGACACUAUGUUCUGAAACCAGACGAGGGCAGAGGUCAUAACAUUACAACAUAUCACAUGCUUCUUGUUAAAUCUGUACCAUGAUGCUUUUUUCUCUACAUGACUAUUCACUGUUGGUGUUCCCCAAGGGUGAGUGCAGGGACUUCUCUCUCUGUCUCCUUGUCUCUCUGUUUCUCUCUGCCUCCUCUCUGUCUCUGUGUGUGUGUGUGUGUGUGUGUGCAUCAGGUCAGUCUUCAUCUAUAAUGCUGGUAACCCUCCUCCUCUAGAUAAGUGCAGAAUUAGUCAUUUUAAGUGUUUCCUUAUUAUGUCUGAUUAGCUUCAGGAACGGAAGAUCAUCUUUACAUUGAGUUGAACAGAAAGAAAACCGCCUCUUUUUGAUACGGAAUGAUAUAUAUGCUGUGUCACACACUGGUGUGAAUGGUUCCUUGGUACAUGUAAAUAUCUAGAUAUAUCUCUUGUAUUAUUGGCUGGAAGCUUUGUCUUGCACAGUUGGUCAGCAUACAAAAUAGUGAACAAAAACCGUGAAAUCUAUCAUAAUAUUAAGAGAGACUAACGGAUAUUGCUGCUAUGAUACAUGGCAAUCAAAACGAGAAAGAAAAAUAGCUGAAAUUUCAUCAUGCUGAAUUUGGUGUGUGUGCGUGUGUGUGUGGGCGCGUGUGUGUGUGUGUGUGGGCGCGUGUGUGUGCGUGCGUGUGUGCUGGAUCUCCGACAGUGUGGGACAUCUCUGGGACAUUACAACCACAACACUCAACAACGGCAGAAGUUCAGCUGACUACUACUUCUCUAUCUAUGCCUCCGUCGUCAACACUGGGCCAACGUUCAUUCUGUAUCCUACCAACAUUUCUCUUAAAAAUCACCAGCAGCCUUUCUUUUGGUUUUCAAAAUCAAAUGUGACUUCUUCUUGCGGUGACUGUAAAAAACACAUUACUCAUCCAGGUAUUCCUGUUUCUCAGUGAUAUGCAGGGCAAUUUUCCCUUGAAACAAGGUUCACCCUACAGGUUAACAGAAAAAACAACCAUAUCUUUUGCACCUCUGGUUUCAUCAAAAAUGGGUUGACACAAUUAGUCGCAGCUUUCCAAACCUUUCUGUGCCUUCAUUCUGCUCAAGUUCCACCCAGACAUUGUAAUAGAAACACUAGUUAGUAGGUCCCAGGCAGCAGACAGCCAGGGGGUGCCAGGCAGCAGACAGCCAGGGGGUGCCAGGCAGCAGACAGCCAGGGGGUGCCAGGCAGCAGACAGCCAGGGGGUGCCAGGCAGCAGACAGCCAGGAGGUGCCAGGCAGCAGACAGCCAGGGGGUGCCAGGCAGCAGACAGCCAGGGGGUGCCAGGCAGCAGACAGCCAGGGGGUGCCAGGCAGCAGACAGCCAGGGAGUGCCAGGCAGCAGACAGCCAGGAGGUGCCAGGCAGCAGACAGUCAGGGGGUGCCAGGCAGCAGACAGCCAGGGGGUGCCAGGCAGCAGACAGCCAGGGGGUGCCAGGCAGCAGACAGCCAGGGGGUGCCAGGCAGCAGACAGCCAGGGGGUGCCAGGCAGCAGACAGCCAGGGGGUGCCAGGCAGCAGACAGCCAGGAGGUGCCAGGCAGCAGACAGCCAGGGGGUGCCAGGCAGCAGACAGCCAGGGGGUGCCAGGCAGCAGACAGCCAGGGGGUGCCAGGCAGCAGACAGCCAGGGGGUCCCAGGUAGCAGACAGCCAGGAGGUGCCAGGCAGCAGACAGCCAGGAGGUGAAGGGUUGAGGAGGGAGGGAGGGAGGAUUGUUGGCUGUAUGUGCCCUUUUGUGACCCAAACCAACAAUAUGAUCUGGUAAUUCUAUAACUAGCAGGCGAAUGGUGUUGAGGGCACUGCUGGAUAUGCCGUCUGCUCAGACAAACACAGUACUGUUGCACCGAGCGAGGAUCAACACUAAUUAACCAAGCUGAGUUUGCUAUUAUGUGAUCUAAUUGAGGCCAUGGAGACAUGCCAAUGUUGCCAGCUAUGCCAAGCUUCUUCUAUUUUUUGUUUGUUUUUAGAGCACUGAAACUAAACUCCGAUGGCUCCACCUUCCCCGAGAGGCCGCAAACCAGAGCACAAUUUGCAUAAUCUCUUCAAAGGUCAUGCAUAUGCCCAGUUGGUAAAACCGCAACUGGUUCCUAUUCUUGGGUCACAGUUUUACCAAUCUUUCUAUCAACGCUAAUAUCCAGACACUGUGAAGAAUACCGGGUGGGGAGGGGGGGAGCAGUAGUGUCAGAAAGAGUAGGCAUUAUCAUUCUAGAGAUACUUUACGACUGCCAAUUAAUAACCAGAGAAAGUAAAGCGAUAGUUGGUGUCACGAAAGGGCCCUGCUUGCUACAUGAACAGCCGACCGUUCUACUCCUGUUCUGUGUGCCUGCUGUAGUGAGACCAUUGUGCUUUAUCCUGUUUUAUACAGUGCCUGCAGUUGGUUGGACUAUACUCUCUUAUUUGUUCUUACAAGCUGCAUGUGAUUUGUGUUCCAAUGUCAGAAUCACUUUAUAAAUAAUAUAUUAAAAAGUUGAAGAAAAUAAACCGUAGUUAAUGGGAUAUAACAAGGUCAUAACCUAAGGAAAAUACCUCCUAAAGAGCAAUGUGUUUUUACCUCGGGUGUAUAUAGUCGAUUUGUUUACUCCAAAGUUUGCAAUUUUUGUUUCUAUGAAAUGCUAAGUUGAAUACACAUUUGUAAAUGGUACUUUUUUUUGUCAAUGGUAAUUGUGUUUUGUGGUGUUCCCAAGUAGUAUAUUCCUCUAGUUACCAUUAUGUGUAUUUUGGCUUUUUAUGGUCUGUCCCAAAUGUAAAUGCUUUACCAACGUCAAAACUAGUCUUCUUUCCAAGCCCCAUCUGAGCUGUGUUGAAAAUGUCUUGCAGGAGGCUACGAGGAGAGAUGUGGAAGACCCUCAAAACCAUUACAGAACCGCCUGUGUCCCCCUUCUGAUUACUUCUAAACCAUAUGUAUUUUGAAUUUUUCAUAACAAGAAUGAACACGCAACAUAGGAAAGUGGCGGAUUGACGUUUCAGUUCCAACAUAGUUGGGAGUGAAAAAUGGUGUGAAUAAAAUAAAAAAAAGUUUGUGUAAA